AUGACCGAAAUCGUUACAUGUGAUGAAGGCAUGUAUGGCACAGAUUGUACACUGCAGUGUGGACAUUGCUCCAAUCGAAUCUGUAACAAUACUGACGGGACUUGCCAGGAUGGAUGUGAAGGGAAUUUUUCUGCACCGUUAUGCCAAGAAUGUCUCCAUACCAACUACGGGGCCACUUGUAAUGAGACAUGUGGAAACUGUGCGGGAACUGAUCGCUGUGACACAGGAACAGGAGAGUGUCCGUAUGGCUGUGUAUCAGGCUAUGACCAGGCAGAUGUGCGGUGUAAAAAUGCUCUAGCCCAUUCUCCUGGACUUGACAACUCUAUAAUAGCAGGGGGAGCAGCCGUGUCGGCACUCGCUGUCGUUGUUGUAGUCGUAGCAGCAGUUGUUAUCUGCAGGAGACGGACGGUAACUAAAGACAAAAGAGAAAAAGACAAUGCUGAUGGCUCAAGUUUACACCCCCAGUAUGACAUGAUUACGAUGGUGGACAAUUCAGUUAACGGUGAGCGAUCCGAGGGGUACCUGGUGGAUGAUGAACCAACAAGGGCCUCGCCUGCAGCUCUGCUCGAUGAUGAAGCAGCUAGGGCUCCACCUGCAGCUCCGCGCGAUGGUGGACCAACUAGGGCGUCACCUGCAGCCCUGCUCGAUGGUGAACCAGCUAGGGCCCCACCCGCAGCUCCGCUCGAUGGUGAACCAACUAAGACAACACCUGCAGCUCUGCUCGAUGGUGAACCAACAAGAGCUAUAUCGGAACCUGUCCUAGAUGACGAGGACGAGGACGCCAUGUUUUCUUUAGAAACUGGAGUAGCUGAAGAUGUCGAGACAGCAGCUACUUACUACAACUGGAUACCUCCCCACAUGGCGCUGGACAAACUACCCCAGUGUAUAGAGAAGAAAAAGAAGAAAUCAUCAUUUCAAGCCGAAUUUCAGGCCAUUCCCUAUGGCGCGAGACGUUCCCAUGAGGUUGGAAAGAAGCCGGACAACAAGAACAAGAACCGCUUUGUCGCUCUGUAUUCCUGUAAGUAA